GAAGAAUAGACAGCGAAUUUAAUAAUUCCAGGGUCCAUCUAUUAAUUAAUCAAUCAAUUGACCAAGCAGGUACCUACCUAGUUGGUCAACCCUCCGCCCCUCCAUUGAAGCUUCCCCGCCAAACAAACACCCGCAACCGUCCAUCCAUCCAUCAUCCAUCCUACAACUACAACAAUCAUUCCACGCAACACCCACGAUACCCAAUACUUAAUCUCCAACCUACACACAACACUCGGAAGCCUCUAAUCGCUUUCCACCUACAUGCCCACCACGCGCAGCCAAAAGAAAGAAGCCCAAAUGUCCGAAGCCCUCCGCAUCUUCUUCUCCUCCCCGCGCUUCGCCGUCGCGGGCGCAAGUUCCGACACCGCAAAGUUCGGCCACAAAGUGUUCGCAUGGUACCUCCAACACUCGCUCCCCGUCACGCCCUUGAACCCACGCGCACCCACCAUCACCGCGCUCUCCGCGGACCACGAGACCGUCGCCUCGCCGUCGAAGCUCGCGGACCCGUCCUCGUACUCCUUAUCCGUCAUCACGCCCCCCGCGGUCACCAAGAACCUACUCAAGGAGGCGAAGGAGGCGGGCGUGCCGGCGGUGUGGCUGCAGCCGGGGACGUUCGACGACGAGGUGUUGGAGUAUGCGAGGAGGGAGUUUAAGGCGGCGAUUGCGGGGGAGGGCGGGAACGGCGGGGAGGGGUGGUGUGUGCUUGUGGAUGGGGAGGAGGGGUUGAAGAUCGCGGGGAGGGAGUGGAGUCGGUUGUGA